UGUUUAGAAUACAUUAAAAUAACAAGGAUUGACAAAAAUCCGUUGGUUUUCAUAUACUACAUUUUGUUACAAGACAUGUGCUGUUUAUUAUCGCUGGUUGUGUUUGUUUAUCCGCGAGCGGAUUUUGUGGGAUUUUGACUAAUUUCUCAAACCGUGGCGCGAAAGGAGCUCACAGCAGGUCGGCCGAGGGAUUCGCGUCAGUGAUUGAGAGUGAAAAAUGACAUUUGAUAUCGAGUACACGGUGAAACAAACAUUUUCACUGUCUGACAGAACCCCAUCUGGACUUUUGUGAUUCAAACAUGCAUUGUGAGCUAUUGUGUACAGAAUUCAACUGUUGGAUUUGAAUAAUAUGUGAACUAUGGGACAGAGGGAUAUAUUGGGUGAAGAAAACCUGGGCUCAUCUUUGCCGAGACUGCACAGCAUCAGGAAAACUAGAAAUGAGUCCUUUCGGAAGCGUCGACGUAGUGUGCCUGGCUCGUUCAGACGGACGUAUAGAAUGGCGGACGGUGGCGUUCAGCAGUGUGGAUACAUCGACAUUAAACAGCCUCCCAGGGUCAAGGGACGGAAACUUAAGUCAUGGAAGAAGAAAUGGGUCGUGCUACAGGAGAUGUCUAUUCGUUCCGCCGGCGGCCGGGCGGCGGCCAAGGUAGACGUCUAUUCCGACGAGAAAACCGCCACUUCCGCUCCAGCCGACAAGCAUACGUUCAUCUUCGAAUAUGUGACGGAAGUGCGCGCGGCGAAAUCGAAGACGCAUGAACACGCGUUUGAGGUGGUCGAGAGCGAGGCUGUGCUGCUGAUGUCAGGGGCGACGGAGCUGGAGACCCAGGUGUGGAUGUCCGCCUUCCGGCAAAUCUUCUGGCCGGACCAGGAGGAGUGUGACUCGUUCUUUGUCGAGAUAGUGCCGAACGAACACACGCGGCGGCUGGUUCUGGUUGGCGCAUUCACAUUGACCGUCAACCCGGAAGCUCUGUCCAUCCGCUCCGAGCGCCACAACUCCUAUGAGUGGUCCCUUCACAUGCUCAAACGCUUCCAUACAGAGAAGGACGAAAGGAACCCGGAAGUGGACCUCCUCACUAUAGAAUCCGGACCUAAGUCCGAGUGCGGCGAGGCGGUGUUCAAGUUUUCUUCCGAGAACGUAACCAAGAUUCUGGAAUCGAUUAAAAGGAACAUCUUCAUAGCCAUAAACCAAAAGCGCUCCGAAGAAAAAUCAAAAUCAAGCACUCCUCCCCAGAAGCAAAUCAGGGCAUCUAACUCCAGCCCCGGAAGACCGGAGCGCAUGCGUUCUGACACCUGUUCCAGCACUGAGCAGAAAUUCAGGGACUUGCUUGAGAAUGCAAACCUUCCCAGUAAACCUCAAUCCGCUCUUAUGCGGGUAAAAUCUGACAGCUCUGAGCAAAGUAUGGACUCGGAGGUUGUUGACGAAAUCACAGGUGAACCAAAAGAACUAACUAAGAAAAAGAGAGCAAGCGUCACAUUUGAUAAAAGUGUGGUCUCAGAAUCAAAAGUCCAAGGCGACAUUUUGUCAUCUCCGAUCGAGGUCGUGGAUAAAGAGAAUGACAAUGAUAACUCGGACUACAACAGAGUUGAGUUUAACACCCCGACUAAACCAAACGUACAUGGUAACAUCAUUUCCACGUUCACUAUAGCGAAGCCCGGCUACGAAACUAGAGUUCUUCUAGAUGAGAGCGGGUACAGCCACGUGGACAUGUCUAGCAACAGACCAGUGGUUAUGGACGAUGACAAGAGACGGUCUCUGUCAAACAUUUCAUCACAUUCCUCGAUGUCCUGUCGUUCAGCGUCUGUCGGAUCCAGAGACUCCGGAGUCCCGUUUUCGACGGGAGAUCGGAAUAAUACGGAGUCGGACAAGGGGAGAAAAUCCAACCGAUCCACAAACUCUUUCGACAGCGCUGUGUCGACGUCGUCCGCUAUGGAUAAUACGGAAUCAACUACAACAAUAUCCAACAAUAUGAAGUUAACUGUGGAAAUAGAAGCCGUUGAACUCACUAGAGAAGAACUAGAUGCAUCUACUAACACACUGUUAGACACAGAACCAGAAGAAGACAUUGAACAGCAUGACGACAAUGCCAUAUAUCAAGAUGUAUCUAUGCAUAUACACGAGGACAACGACGAUGAUGGUGGCUAUAAAAUGAUUGAUAAACAAGCCAUCAAGAAAUCCAGGUCUGCAAGCAAUGUCAGAAAACAGGAAAACGAAUACGAGGAUCUAAAUGAAUUUCGUCGAGGGAAGAAGAAUUUGGUAAAGCAUCUUGGAAUGGAUCCCACGGUGGACCCAUCGUCAGUGCCACCUUCACUUCCGGAGAGACCGUCUUCACAGCGCAUGCGGAGAAAAAGCUACAAACCAGAAAAGAAACUGUUUACCCUUCCAUUUCGAUUGAAAAGGGACAAAAAGAUGCGAGAAAGGGCCUCCAGUUUGUCGUCAUCUUCAAGCGGAGGAUCAGAAAAUGACGACGCGAAAAAGAACGCUGAACUUUCAUUAAAGGUGUGGCCCCUUGGGAAUAAGUCAAUGACCGCUGCAAACGAGGACCUGUAUCAGCCAAUCGCGAUCGCACGGUUCCUAAAGGAUAAUGAAGGAGUUGUAGCACCUCAGAAGAGAGAGCGUAGUUGUUCACUGAAUCUGAACACAGGGAUUGAGCAGCCGAAGAGACCAUCUAUAAGCUCCACGCGGGAAUUCAGUGAUCUCGAAAAGAAAAACGCAAUAUGGGCGCACAAUCGGAACGCUUCCAUGCAGAUUGACCAUCUUAACAGAGCUAGAGAUCCAAACAACACUAUGUUUAAUGUGACAAACACACACGACAGUGACACAUCGUUAAUGCCAGAACUUCUCUGUGGAGCUGAUGCUAGAAAUAGCAUAACCGUCAUCGAAGAUCAGCUUAUGGACGGCAGCGUUGCCGAUAACGAACCAAUUUACGCCGAAGUGGCACCAGCAGGUGCGCCCAGUGGUGUUCAUGACGACAAUAACCCAUUUCCAAAUCUGACAUUGUGGCAACCUCAAGAUAUCAGUGAUGUGGCUGAAGUAAGUGAACUGAAUGCGACUAUUUACGAAAACGACGAAUCUCUGAAUGACAGUAAGCGCGGUGACGUUUUUAAUCAGGGCUUUGUUGACACUGACGAAGGCAAAGACUCGAAUAAGAUAUCUUCCAGGAGAAACAGUGAUAUACUUCUUGUGGAUAUUUCAGAAAAUGAUAGUUGCAACGAGUGUAACAAAAGUGUUGACUUGUUUACCAUGGGCACCGGGCCCGGCUUCAUAGGCAUAACCCCGCUGGUUCCCACUAGAAACAGUGUACAUGUAUCAAGUGCCAGUAACAGCCUGGAUAUGAGUGACAUUUUCAACAUGGGAGACUCCAAUCCUCUCAUGGAAACAAACGCCGUGAAGGAGACAGCCGGAAUGGCAGCUAGUUCCGGUGUCCAGGAAGAUAUUUAUAUGGACAUGACUACAUGUCGCAAUGAAAGCAUCUACGUGAUGCCUUCCGAAAUCAAGUCUAAUAGUUCAUAGUUCUAAGACUAAAAUAAGAAAAUGUUUGUUUUUUUAUCGGUGACAUGUAAUGUAACUAUAUUUAUAAGUACACAUUGUGAUAAAUGGUUUCGUGAACAUAUGUCCAUUUUGAAGUCCUGUUGAUGUAUUUAAUAGACCAUUAUCUAUAUGUCAAGUGUACAUUACAGUAUGAAUUAUAUUCUAAAUUAUCUUUGUUAAUUUCAACUCAUUAUAUUAUUCCACAAAAGAUGUUAGUGCCAAAUAUUUACAAUUGUUAGUGACGUUUACAAAUGUUGCAACAAUAAACCUAUCAAACCAUGA